AAAUUCUACAAAAGCCAUCUUCGAAAGCUUAUAGAUAAGGCAGUUUAAAUACGACCGUCUUACUGCUCAGUACACAUUUAAUACAAAUUCUCAUUAAAGAUUUGAUAAUGAAUGCAAAAUUAAUUCUCAUCCCAAUUUUCCUAAUUGGGUUAUGUAUGGUUCAGAGUUAUGAUAAUAUCAGAUAUAGGAUUGGCAACGGUUUCCCAGCUUCGAGUUAUAAUUAUGAACCAAAUCCCAAGGAUUAUGGCUCAAUAGUUACAACAAAACCAGAAACAUUUCCCCGUGCACGGAACUUUAAUUUAGAAUAUGGUAACAAUGGGUAUAAUAAUGAGGUAAGCACAUGUGGCUAUAGAAAUAAAAAUGGAAAUGGAAAAAAAGUCUCCAAUAAUGAAGCUGAAUUUGGUGAAUUUCCAUGGAUGGUGGCAAUAUUGCAGAACAUGAUUAUUAACGGCAAAGUUCAACGCCAAUUAAAAUGUGGAGGUUCUUUGAUAGCUCGAAAUGUCGUUUUAACUGCAGCUCAUUGUGUAAAUGCUACACAAGUUCUGCAUUUGGAGGUUAGAGCUGGUGAUUGGGAAACUUAUUCAAAUGCCGAACCAUAUCCAUAUCCAUAUCGAGAAAGACAAGUCGUAGAAAUUAUUAAACAUGAAAACUUUAAUGCUGACAAUUUAAAAAAUGAUAUCGCUCUACUUUUCCUCGAGUCAGAAUUCGAUGAGGCUCCUCACAUCAAAGAAGUUUGUUUGCCACCAGUCAACACAAAUUUCGACAUGUCACGUUGUAUUGCUUCUGGCUGGGAUAUGAAAAGAUUCGGAUCCAAAAAAUACCCAAAAAUUAUGAAGAUUGAUUUGCCAGUAGUUCCAAAUGCUAAAUGUCAAAACGACUUAAGACAAACUCGUUUAGGACCAUUCUUUGAAUUGCAUUCCAGUUUUAUGUGUGCUGGUGGAGAAAUUGGAAAAGAUACUUGCACAGGAGACGGUGGUUCACCAUUAGUUUGUCCAAUGGCCAACAAUCCCGAUCGUUACUACCAAGUUGGAAUUGUUUCUUGGGGUAUUGGAUGUGGUGAUACAAAUGUGCCUGGUGUUUAUGCAAGCGUUCCACAUCUCCGUUCUUGGAUUGAUAAACAAUUGGCUGACAAAGAAAUCAAUGCAAAUUCUUUUACGCCAUAAAUGUGGAUUUAAUUAUACAAAAAAGUGGAAAAUCAGUGCUAAAAACAAACAACUAAAACUAGAGCAACUUCGUUUGGUAGCUAAAUUCUAGUAAAAAGACUUUUUUUUUAUUAAUCCUUCAAUAGCUUCAGAAAAUAAAUAUCAUUAAAUGGUUAUAAUAAAUAUAAAUAAAUAAAUUAUAAAUCUAAGAAAUUGUGUUGAAAUAAGUUACCACACUUUAAAGCAUAACCUCAAAAAUAGCCAAAAUGUUUUUUUGUUGCAUUUUAUAACUGUAAUAUUUCAAAAAACAAAUAAACAAUUUAAUAUUACUGACUUCA